AUGGAGUUUCAAGCUAGUUUAACAACUGCGUUUCCCAAUGACACAAAUUUCACAGAUGGAACUCUUCCUAAGACCUUGUCCGCUGUUACAGCUUCCCUCUCGCUCAUGGGAUCCUUCACAAUCUUUCUCACGUUCUGGAUGUCGCCCGACUUGCGAGCUACACCUCGCAGAAUGAUCAUGUUUGUAACAGUCGCCGAUUUCCUAUUUUCUGGCACAACCAUCGUAGAUUAUUUGGAAGACAGAUUGGGAUCAACAAGUUAUUUCGUUCCAACACUUGAGGUGACAAUACCACGAAUUAUGGUGCUUGUUUCAUCGCUCAUUUGGACAGUUCAUUUGUCUUUCUUUUUUUACUUAACAAUUUGUAGAAGAAUUUCCAUGGAAUCAGAAAGAUUGUAUAUCCUGUUUUUUCACAUAACGGCUUGGGGAGUACCUUUUGUGAUCACUGUGGUUGCUUAUUUCUUCAACGGAGUUCAAUUUUUGGCAGACCUUGAAACUGGGUACAAGUGCUGGAUCUGGAAUGAAAAAACUUGCAGACAAUGUGCAUCUGGGCAGCUACUACAGGAGAGGACUGGGCCAUCAUGA